GCUAGACGCCCAAUCCUCAGCAUCCGCCAACUUUUGUAUGUCGCGUUCGGGCUCCCUCCCUUUCUCUUUUGUUGCUUGGUUUACUUGCCUGCGCUGCCAGGCAGCUCAAAACUCGUCGAGGCGAGGUCUGUGAUGCUGGAGCCUUUGGCUUCCUCUGUCCUUAGCUCCAUAAUCUCCACCGGUCGCCCAUCAUUCUCGGGACAACUUGUUUCUUCUUCCCAGCCUGUGCUGAGGAUGGCCACCCGCCAGGUUUUGCCCCAUGACUUCUUCACGCCACUUCCGAGAUAUACCAAGGGCAAGGAACGCGCUUUGCCUGACCAGACCGAGUGCUUGGAUGUAGAUCAGGAUGAUGUGAGCGGAAAAGUUGGGAGCAGCUCACAGACAAUUCUGGACCGUCACCGCGUGUUCGUCUCGCGAGAUGUCCUCACAUGUCGUCAGCGAUUUCGAAGGUCAACUUGCCAGCGGCUGCAUGGAGAUGCCUCGCGCUCACGGGUAACACCUCUCCUCCAUGUUUGGAUGCAUAAAGUCGACGGUGCGCAGAGACGACAUGUUUCUAGUCAUAUAGAUCCUCCAGAUCCGCCGGACCCUCCAAUACAUUCGGAGACACCUGAAGCCACUCUUUCCAACGCCAUUGACAUCAUUAAGGAGCGGACUGACAGAGUUCCUGACAUGGAGGCAUCUUGGAAUGCGUAUCGACAUUUCAAGUCUCACGGCCAAGACGAUUUACUCGAGACCUCGACCCUUCUUACAUUUGCAAGCAAAUUCUUAGAUGCUAUUCCAAGAACGAGACCGCGUGGCCAGGCCAAGGAUGAACUUUGGAAACUUAGUGGGACGAGGAUGAUCAGUCUUCUACUCGACUUGGAGCCUCGGGUACGCUCGUCAACCGAAGAAGAUCAGGUCUGGUGGUUGGGUGACAUGGCACGAGCGGAAGCCUAUGCUGGCAACUUCGACGACGCUAUCACACAUUCUCGUGAACUUCGCAAGUACGAACUCAACAAGGUGCAGCGGGUCGCACAGUUGAAAAUGUACAGCACCAUCAUCGAGACUAUGGACCGCUACUUGCGUCCAGCUGCGCUCGUGGACUUUGUCGCAGAAGAGUGGGACAACAUCAGCCCCUGGGUCCUCCACAGACCUCUGCCUGAUACGUAUAAGAGUAUCAAUGCUCGCUUGCAGGGAAUGCGUGACUUGGUGGCUCGAGUGGUUGCUCGUAUCGACAAUGGCGCCGUUAUCCUGCGCGAUAUGGAGGACAGGCCAGAGCAGAUUAGGUUGCGCGCAGCCGAGUUCCUAAUCGAAACUUUGUGUGAACGCGGGUUGGCCGAAGACGCUCUCGCUGUUCUUGAGGAGCUGGAGCGCCAGGGUGUUAAGGCUCCGCAGUAUUGCAUUCUCACCGUUGUGAAGGGUCUAAGCAAGAAGGACCGGUUCGAGCUUGCGGCUAACCUAUACAUGUCUUUGGUUGACGAGGAAGGUCACCUACCCGUCUCAAGAGACGUCUACGUUACCGGUCUUCAGAUAUUUGCGAAUCGUGGUGACCAUAUGCGGGCCGAGAGGCACUUCAAGUUCAUUCAGGAGCAUGGUUGGCUCACCACGGCUGAAGUCGCCACCUUACUUCACUGCUAUGCUGAGCGCGGUGAGCCGACGCGAGCCGUGACUAUCUUUGAACGGUUUUUUUCUUCGGACACGCUUGCAUACCAGACCGCACCUGCUGGAGGGGCAGCCCCCGCCUCACCCUUGCCACCAACGGAAGCAAUGUUUUCAAUACCCUCGACUUCGGACACCUCAGAGGCAAGUGUGCCAAGGUCAGACGAUACCACUCCCACCAACUCUCCCCCGCCUGUCCCCAUGAGACCCAACACUGUCCACUACACUUCUAUAAUCCGUGCGUGGGCUCGCGUCGGUCACCAGAAAAAAAUGAGGAGGUGGCUUAAACGGAUGAACGAGGCGGGUUUCCAAGCUGACAGUCACCUCUUUCAUAGUAUUCUUGACAGCUUCGUCAAGUUCGGGGACAUAGAAUCGGCAACGACCACUCUAAAGCAAAUGCAGCAAGCCAAUACUCCGCCGAAGCCUCAUUCCUAUACCUCAUUGAUCUCUCUGUUUACGGAUAGGCGAGAUCCCGACGGUGCUGAGCGCAUACUCAAGGAGGCCUUGCGCGAAGGUGUCGAACCUGACCGUGAGAUGUUAUCCGCCGUCAUGUUCGCCCACGUUCAGGCAGGUAACUGGCAGGGGGUCAUUCGCUCGUUCGACUACAUGAAGGUUUCUGUAGCUCGAGGUAUCCGUAUGACUAUCGAGGUGUACAACAACCUGCUCAAGGCUUAUAUCCUCAUUGGCGCUCCGUUUCGUGUCAUCAUGCGUGUAUUCAACAAGCUGGCAGAGGUUAACGUCCAACCGGAUGUACGAACCUAUGCUUUGAUUAUCCAGAGUGCUUGUGACGCGGGAAGGAUGGUCACGGCUACACGAUUAUUCGGGGAAAUGCAAGACCUUGCAUCUCAGUAUCCAUCGGAUAUGGAUGUUAACGUCUACGUCUUGACUAUCCUCAUGGCCGGACAUCUUCGUCUCAGGGACAAAGUGCGCGCCAAACAUGUCUUGGACAAGAUGGAGAACCUUGGUGUCCAACCCACUUCCGUGACGUAUGCUCUCAUUCUCAAGGCCUACGGUAACCCGAAGGCAAAAGGGAGUAUCGAAAUUGCGGAAAACUUCUUGAGCGAAAUCUUGGAGCUACAAGGCGAGGAGCCGUGGGCGAAUGUCAGGGGUGGGCGUGCUGCUGCCCUGGAACAUGUAUAUGGACCUGUCAUGACCGCAUACACGCAGAAGGCUGAGGUGGAAGAUGUUGAACGACUAUACAAUUCAAUGUUACAGGCUGGAGGACGUCCGACCUUAGGUACUCUCACAACCUUGCUGGACGCGUACCGACGGACAGGUAAUUUGGAGAAGUUAUACCAGACCUGGUCUGAUAUUGUCCAGCUUGCCAAAGAAUCUAACGCCGAGACGGAGGCGAUACUCGCUACCAUCUCACCCCCAGAAUCCGCAAGGCCAGCAGCUCCACGGCCGGGAAACAUCCUAUGCGUGCCUCUAUCCAUAUAUACCGACGCUCUGUCUGCUGCUGGCGAUCAUCAAGGUAUUGCUGACGUGUGGAAGCAGUUGCAAGAAGAAGGGUAUACCUUUGACUCGCAUAACUGGAACCAUCUCUGUGUCGCUCUUCUUCGCGCUGGCGAAGUCGAACGCGCUUUCGAAGUUGUCGACAGGGUCAUCCUGCCCAACAGACAGCGAGCUACUGUUGCCGCAGAUCGAGAACCACAGCCUGUCGCGACACCUUUCUUUUCGGACGUCGAUCCAAAGCUUGACACUACACAAGGCGAAGCUCCUAUGCAUAAGUCUCAGCGACGAGCUGAGCGUGCAGCCUUUCUCACUAUGAAGUCACAACCCUGGAUGGAACCCAGGUCGAGAGAUUUCCCUCAUCCUUUACACAUACUUUAUCAGAUAUCCCCUGCAUGGAAUAUCUGGCGUCCUCAUAAUAUCGUUCUAGAAUACUUAAGCAGGGUCCUCGAUCAUCUGCAUAACGGCGUCCUCAUCAAACCGGUCGAGGCGGGCGAACAGGGACUUGGUUUGUCUAAUAAGGAGGACUUGACAAACGUCGAGGAGUUGCGGAAGAGGCAGGAGAUGGCUGCGGAGAUGCUUGGACGGAUUUACGACAAUUACCCAGAGACGGUCUCGGUAGUUCACGAGUUCCAGGCGUGGCAGGAGAGGAACCGUGAAAAUCCUGUAAAACACGGUGAUCGUCGUCGUGUAUCGAGGGGGAAGAGUUCGAAGGGGUCGCAGGGUUCAAAGGGCUCUUCACGUGGGUUUGGGUUGAAGGCGAAAUACAGUCAUUCAAAAUGAUACACACCGGACAUCGGAUUUGGACGUGUGAAUAAGAGGAUGGAAGACCUAUGCAGCAACAGCGAACAAGCAAGAACAAUAAAAACCAAUAGCUGAGAGUAUAGGAAAGAUACGCCGCAGCAGCGACCUCUGAAAACCAGUCAAGUUCUAGUACGUAUCCUAACACUGGUAAGCAAGGAUCUAAAGACAACUUUCGGGACCAGCAUCCACUAUUCGUCCGAUUCGUCCCCCGACUCAUCGGAGCCGUCGCGUCGACGUUUGCGUCCCUGCUUACUAGACCCGUUACGAUUACGCUACACAAUGGGGAUGAGUAAGGGGGACGGGGAGGGAAGAAAGGAGUCAGGCUUCGGUGGUGAUGAACAGAACAGGUGACAAACCAAUGGGAGUUUCUGGCCCUGGCUUCCCAGAGCAAUGGAUAGCGCGGUGGUAUCUGUGUAACAAAGUUUCAGUUCUUUGCAUAUGUUGGAUACUCCGGCGGAAAUUGGGUGUUUACCUGGAACGCCGGGAAAGCGCUUAGCAGAGUAGACGAUAAAAGGUUGUGUAAAGGUCUGGGCGAGAAUGGGUGAGGAGUCGGUGUGUACUCGAAAUGCUCCCGGUUCUGGAGCGGGUGGCCUGGAUGUCAUAUAAUAGUAGUUUGAUCGAGGAGCAUAGAGUGGAGAUAUAAUUGAACGUUCGAGGGAAUUGAUCGUGCGUUGUUCAACGGAACAGAUGGAAGAGAUAGGCAGGAUCAAAGAGAAGAUACGGGGUUAGCAUUGAGUGAUGAUCAUGUGGAUCAACCGACUGUGGGGGGAAAGAUGAAACUUACGCUCCAAUGUUCAUGAGACGAAGCCUCAGGCGAAACGUUCCUAAACAUGUCCAAAGAGGGAAACAAAGUUAGAGUUCUGUAUAGGAAUUGCCCAAAAGUAGUUAAGUUCAUAUCGGGGAAACGAUAUGUUCCGGCGGUCGAAGGUUGAUAAAGUUUCGACUGUGAGAGAACAAUAGAUGACAAGACAUGGAAAAAGGAAGUGUUGAUUCCGACGGUGGGAUAGUAUGAAGUGUACCAAGAAUAACAACAAUGGGAGAAGAGGAAACAUCGAAAGGACGCGACGGGCAUGUUUGGCCCAACGAAAGAAAAACCACGAUUGUCAAGCGGCGGCUUACCUUCAGUGCGGAUAGACAAGUCUUGGAAGAGGAAGAAGAUCCCAGGCUUGCGGUGUUCGUCCAACAGGCGGCACGCAUUCGCCGACAGUGGUCCGACAAGCGUUCGAGUGUAGGUAUGCCUUGGCAAAGGCGGGAUUGUCGAUCCAGGUGUGUUUUCCUGUGUGGGUUGUUGGGAGUAGCCAGACUGGUGGUGGUAAUGAGAUUGUGCUUGCUGUUGAUGUUGUUGUUGAGCAUAUUGAGCUGAAGCAUACAUGGAGGUAUCUACAGGGGGCGGGUGAGGAGGAUGGUGUGAAUGGUGCGAAGUAGUCGGACUAUGCUGCGGUGGAGGGCCCUGAUUGUAUUGGUCCUGAGUAUAUCUAGAUUGUCCGUACGCGUCAGUGUUGUUGGACCAAUUGGGACCAUGUUCAUUAGAACUGGGUGCUGGGGGUCCGCGAAGAGAAGGGUCUAUCGAACUUGAGCUCGGAGCAGCGGCAUGAGAGCUGUCUAUAGAAGAGUAAGACUGCUCUUGAGGCCAAGUACGAUACGACUCCGGCUCCUCCCGACUCGAGCCUUGCAUAUGCCAGUUGCCC